UCUCCCGCUACGUUAUCCGCCACCGUUUGAAACUCGUUGGGGUGGUGGGGCACAGCAAACAAGCGGUGGUCGGGACUGUUAAGAGAAGAAAUAGAGCGGCUGCUUGACCAGUAGUUCGGGACAGAAGGGGGUUUAAACAUGUCCUUGCCCCCCGAGAAAGCUCUAGAACUGAAACAGAUUAUUCACAAUCACCUGACAAAGAUUGAUAUCCAUGGAAAGAUCCGGGAUGUUCUGGCAGAGGCUGUUCAUGAAGACAUGGAACGUGCGGGCCACCAGAACCUCUCUGAAGAGGAUUUAAUGAAGGCGCUGCGACGGAGGGGAAUCAUAGAUGACGUCAUGAAAGAAGUCCGGUUUGUUGAGGAGGUGUCUGGAAGAGGAGCAGCAUCGACAUCGAAGCCUUCGACACAUUUUGUAGACAAAGAUCCAACAGAAUUACGGAAAACAAACAUUGAUCCAACAAGAAGAUACCUUUACCUACAGGUACUGGGAGGAAAGGCCUUCCUUGAGUAUCUUCAGGAACCGCAAAAUUUACCUGGACAGCCCUGCUCAACUUUGACUCUGUACCUGCAUUUCCGAAACCAGCGCUUUCGCUCCAAACCUGUCCCUUGUUCAUGUGAGCCAGACUUGCAGGAAGGGUUUCUUCUCGAGAUUCACAAGGACAUCUUAGGAGAAGGCAGCAAGAUGGCAGAUGCAACAACAAUGCUGUCAAUAUGUGAUCCAGUUCACAUGGUCCUGAUUAAAACGGACUCUUCAAGUGACACAACACUGGUGUCUUCCUACUUUUUGGACUGGCGGUCUGUACUGAGCUCUCCGAAAGGGAGUACGGCCUUAGCUCUUGAACUGCUGGGAGUGAGUACUGAAUCCAGAGUUUCGGUGGGAAUUCUAAAUGUGAAGUUGGAACUUUUUCCUGGUCUGUCUCGAACGCUCACUGAAGAAAUAGUACAGACACAGCAAACCUUAGAAAGACAGAAAACCUCCGAGAAGGAAAGGCUGUUUCUUGUUUAUGCAAAGCAGUGGUGGAGAGAGUUCUUGCAAAUUCGGCCCUCAAACAAUACAAAGCUGGUCAAAAUCUUUGCCCAGGAUGAAAAUGGUGUAAAUCGCCCAGUAUGCUCAUACGUUAGAAAGCUAAGGGCAGGACGUCUGCUGGACACUCCGAGACAGGCGGCGCGUUUUGUCAGCCUUCUGGGUUACGAGAGAGCACCAGUUGUUGGAGGGGGUGGGAAACAGGAGCAGUGGUGCACCUUGCUGGCCUUCCUCUGUCGGAAUAAAGGCGACUGUGAAGAUCAUGCUAACCUCUUGUGCAGCUUGCUCCUUGGUUUUGGCCUGGAUGCUUACGUAUGUGUUGGAACAAAGUCAAAGGCAGUUCCUCACACGUGGGUCAUGACAAUUGGAAUUAAUGGGACCGUCGUUUUCUGGGAGAGUCUAACAGCGCACAGAUACAUUUUCAAACCUGUAAAUCCAGAUGACCCACCUCUCGUGCAGCAACCCAAGCCUGCCUACCCGUAUAAAACAAUUGGCUGCGUAUUUAACCACCAGAGCUUCUAUGCCAAUUGUCAGCCCUCUGAUGCCGUAGAGCUGUGCGUCUUUGACUUCAGCAAUGAAUCUCGAUGGAAGGCCAUGAGCGAAGAUGCCAUCAAAUCUGUGUGUGCACCGGGGUCCACCGCCUCUGUCUGUGACUUUCCACCUCUGUGGGCCCCAAUAAUUGACUGUGCAGCCACAAGCAAUGAGAUUGAACAAGAGCUAAGAUACUUGCUGGCUGAGCACCGAAAGGAUUUGGAUUUAUCAACCGUUUGGGAUGACAAUCUUUCGUACCUCCUGUCUCCAGCAUUAUUUGCAUAUGAAAUGGAGCGCAUAUCCGGUGUGUCCAGUGGUAACGAGGAGUUCCAGGAUGCAAUUAGGAAGGUUGUGCCUGAUGGCCACACAUUUAAAGCCUUCCCCAUACAUUUUUUGCACCGGAAUUCAAGAAGAGCUUUUGCAACGUGCUUAAGGUCACCAUUUUGUGAAGAAAUUGUCUGCUGCCGUGGGGAUCACGUGAGAAUCGCGGUACGCGUGAGAACGUUUUCAUACGCCGAGUCUGCUUGUGCCGUCUGGAUUAUGUUUGCUUGUAUUUAUCGCUCGGUAUUGUGAUGAAUAUUUUGCUGAUCUACUGGAUAUCCUAGUAAGUGUUCCAGUACGUUACGGGACCAGUUAGAUAUUUAUGAUUGGAGCAGUUUUAAAGGACUGUCUUAUUUUUAUAUUGUGUAUAUUUUUUAUUUUUGUAUAUCCUAUAAAAUAUCUUAUUUUUUAAAUAACAAUUAUUAAACGAUCCUCAAACUCAGUGAUUCCAAUCUCUGUGGCACUUCACACCAAGUGUCCCUAAUUAUGGGGUGCUCUCCGCUCCUGGAAUUACUCGCUGCUUACACGCAGAACUGCGCCACGCUGACCGUGUGACCCAAAUGAACGCCCUGGCACAGAACAUACAGAGGGUUCAGAAAGCAUCGAGACCCCCUCACUUAAUGCACACUUUAUGGUGUUGUAGAUUUCAUUUUAAAUGGAGAAAUGUGACGCCUUUGCCUGCCAGUCUACAUCAUGUCAUCAACAGGUGGACUCCACCUGAGGUUCUCGACACGCCUCGAGGAGAAUUAAAGCAAACGAGAGACCCCCGAGCACCGUUUGGAGUCUCGCACCAACAGGUCUGAAUACUUCUAGGAGAUGAGAGAUUUCACUUUCUGGUCUCAUGUUGUCAUUCUGGGGGUACUGAGUGUAGCCGGAUGAGCAAAAGUGACGAAAUCUGGUGGGAGGUGAGCCUACGUAUGAAGGAGUAACAUUGGGUUACGUGACUUUAUUUUUAGCCCCCCAAACUAUUCAACCUAAUCUGGAAGCUGAAGAAUGGCAUUGCUGAUGGACUACCUGCCAAUUUGCCCCCCCCGAGAGUCGCACGUGACAGUGGACACGCUGCAAGAAUGCGAUUUCGAACUGUAGCCCACCCUUCUGUUUCGCCAGAAUUUGGCACCUUCUGACGUCAUUCCGUCUGUCCUGUGAUGCAUGGUCCCCAUUUUUAUUCAGACCAGGGGGUCACCGACCUUUUUGAAACUGAGAGCUACUUCAGGGGUACUGAGUAAUACGAAGGGCCACUUGUUUGAUACGAACUUCCUGAAUAACAUACGUUGUACGAUUCAACUUUAAUGAUAUUAUUAAUAUACAGUAGAAUUUUGGAUUGCGAGCACAAUUUGUUCCGGAAACAUCCUUGUAAUCCAAAGCACUCGUACAGCAAAGCGAACUUCCCCUUAAGAAAUAACGGACACUCGGAUAAUUCAUUUCACAACCCAAAAAUAUUCAUUUAAAAUUAUUAAUACAAAAUUUGAAGUAAAAAUACAUAAAAUAACCCGCACUUUACCUUUGAAAGGAAUCGCGGCUGGUGUGAGGGAGACGAGAAAGAGGAGGAGGAUUCUUGCGUAUGACGACUUUCAGUACAACUCACGGAAUCGCACGACAAGCGACUUUUCUACAUCUUCCACAACACGUGGCCGUGGCUUUGAUACUCUCGUGACAUCUUGCCCCCUUAUCUCUUCUCUCUUCUUUAAUAUUGUGCAAAUCGUCGACGUAGACUUGUUAUAAAAUCUUGCGAUGUCGGCCACUCGCAUACCUCGUUCGUGCUUCUCAAUGAUUUCCUUCUUAACUUCCACCGUAAUCAUCUCCUUCUUCUUGCCACCUUUUCUUCACGGGGGCCUUUUUCGCACACUCAUUAACAGUAUCUGCUACCACGGAUGUUGACUAUACGAGCGAGCGAGAGAGAGAAGUUGUGAUCACGUGACGCUCGGCAGACAAAGCGUAUACGGACUACUCGUAUUGCAAGACGUCGCUCGUUCAUCAAGUCAAAAUGUAUUCAGAUUUCUUGCUCGUCUUGCAAAACACUCGCAGACCAAGUUACUCGCAAUCCAAGGUUCCACUGUACUGGAAAUUUCCCUUCACUUUUCUGCCAUGUUUUUCUUUAUUUUUAGGGGAUAAAAACCGUGUCACGCUCCGCAUCGUAGUUACGCCCGUUUGUGAGAUGGAACUUUGACCGCUGGCUACCCCCCUAUCUCUAUCAAUGCAAGUGUUAAUUGAUUCAAAAAGAACGGCAACACAAUUGAGUACAACUUUUAGAUGGAGCUCCAUGGUAUUUAGUGCUAUUUUGGGAACAUGUCCUGCGGGCAACUCACGUGGUCCCCGCGGGCGCCCACCUACACCGUGUUGGCUACCUCAGAUCCAGACGAUGCUGUCAUUGAUAAGGUGGGGCGACUCGCAAAAAGUUUCAUUUUUUUUUUCCCCCCCAGAGGUUGGAACGCCGGUGGGAGGAGUGCGGCCCCCUUCAGGGGGACCACGUAGAAAAAUCCCAAAACCGCUUUGUUCUGUGCCACAUCUUCCCAUCAGACACCCCUUGUACAAGAACCGUAACGCAGUCUGAAUCCUCUGUAUUCCACGGUUGUUACUUACCUUGAGUUUCACAGUCAGUACGCGCUACGGGUCACGUGUACGCUAAUUAUCGAGUAAUUGGAGGAACGUAAUCGGAAAUAUCAACAAAAACCUCACUUGUUGGACGAAAGUCAAGUAUAAUUAUGGUAACGUUUUAGCGGUGGAGUCGCUCGAGGGGUCUGCCUGGGGUCGUUGACGGCUUUAACUGUUAAUGCUCAGCAGUUCACCGCACCGUCAUGAAUUUCCUCUUUUGCUACAUCAAUACGCUCACCGUUGUCCCGAGUUGUUCUUCUGCUGCUGUCCACAUCCUCGGUUCUCGUUCCUUCUCUGGUGGCCGAGGAGGAGUUGUCUUCAUUCACCAUCUGGAAAUUCUAAAAAAAAAAAAAAGGAAAACGCCAUUCAUUAAUUCAUCGAGGGACGACAUCUACUGAAGACCUUUGUGAACACACUGGAGCCAAACGAGAGAACAGAAAAUCGAGACCUCACGGCCACGUGAACGCUCUUGGUGCUAUAAGCUGGACACAUUCGGACAAAGAUCAUAAUGGUAAUGAUUUGCACUCUUCGGUUUAUCAAUUUUGUGACUGAAAAAUAAAUUAUGAAAUUAUCAGUUGUCAAA